GUACUCAAGGGGGAAAAGAACACCUCGAUGAGUAGAAGACGCUCCGUCCGGUUUUUAGCCUCUUCUCAUUCCCACCAACUUCCUGGAAGCUGUGUGAUUUUGACUCCGUCCACCUAUUUUUUUUCUUCUCAACAUUAAGUUCGUACACCGACGUAAUAUUUGUAAACGUUUGCUUCUUCCUUUGUCUCGAAUCUUCUGGUUUGCUAAAUUCAUUAAAAAACAGUAUAUAAAUCGUUGUUCUUGUUGUACCACGCUCCGUGUUGGUCAACAAUCCGACUCUGGUAAACGUUUUUUUUUUCAAUAUUUAUAUUGAUAUAUAUUUGUAUAUAUAUAUAUAUAUAUACUCCCACAACUCGAGACAAACACUUGUAGAGAAGAUCAGCUAACGUGAUUUUGUAUUUAAGUUUCUGUUCUCGUUGUUGUCUUAUAUUUUUAUUUCACUCCUGGGCUUACGCGUCUACACCAAUCAGAGCCAUAGCUGUGUUUGUUACCCUUGCUGCUUCUUUUCUUCUCCCUAGCGUAAGGGACAACGUUUUUCUUUUUAUUAUUAUUUCGUAUUGAAUUUGUGUCUUGUUUUUUCGUUUGUGUUUUUUCAGGGUGACAUUGUUGUCUCGCAGUGAAUUAUCACCCUCUUCUUGCUUAAAAGGGAAAACAAUACCCUCUUUGUUCUUUUGCUUCUGCAGAAAGCGUUGCUGCCACUUUUACGUGCUAACGAAGUCACAAAAAAGCUCGCUUUCUUUACUUAUCGUCGGAGGUGGAUUUGCCAUAACUUCUCAAAAAAAAAGUCAAAAGAAAAUCAUGAGUCCUGUGGAACGUGAGAGCGAUGAGCCCAGGCAGGUGGAGGAUUCAACGGCCGAGCCUCCAGCGAGGCACCCGCACGCGACACCGCUGCCGAUGAACCAAAUGCUGCCCAUGACGUUUGUCCUCCUCAACGAGAGUAUUUGUGGGACGAUGCUUCUGCCCUUUGUCGGUCUCUUGGUUUCUCACCUGAGUAACAUCGCCGUCGAGAAAGCCGGGUACGAAUCUGGCAUUCUCAUUGGUGUUUUCAUGUUAGGACAGAUGGUGAGCGCGAAGACGUGGGGCCGCAUCAGCGACAAGUACGGUCGGCGCUUCCCCAUCAUCAGCGGCCUCUUCACGAGCGGGCUGAUGAUGCUGGGCUUUGGUCUCAGCACCAAUGUGUGGAUGUGUGCCGUCUUUCGCUUCUUCCACGGCCUGUUCAACGGCAACGUGCUCGUGGCGAAGACGAUGAUGGCAGACAUCACAGACACGACACACCAGGCAAAAGGAUUCGCCUUCGUCAGUCUCUGCUACGGCAUCGGUGUACUGAUCGGCCCCACCCUCGGUGGUCUUCUCUACGACCCGGCGAACUCGUCAGCGUUGUGCUGGGCGCACUUCGAUAAAGACGGCUUCUUCAGUCGUCACCCAGCCUUUCUGCCGAGCCUGGUGAUUUUCGUCUACACGAAUAUUGGCAUGACUAUCUGCACUUUCUUCGUGAUGGAGUCCAACCCACAUGCGAAGCCGUUGCCGAAAGUACUCAAGUUCGUGUACCCCUGUUUCUGGCGCGAGCCGGAAAUGUUUGUCCACCCUUCUGACAAAGCACAAGCGGCGGCUGACCGCGCCACCGCCGCCCUCGGCGGUAGCGACGCUGAGAGCGGCGCACACACCAACACUGACGAGGAGAGCGAAGAUGUGAUGGGCAUGUCCAUAUGCACCGCGGAGGGGCUUGUCGCGAACGCCUCGAUGACGCGUGCGGUGGCCUCGCUGUUCAUCGCCUCCCCUGUUCUCCGCGAGGACCGUCGCUUCGACCAACUCGUCGCGGCGGAAACGCUCACGAUGGCCGCGCCGCACACAGCUGCGGUGACACCGCAUGACGGGCAGAUCACCCCACCGAAGCCGCUGGAGGGGACACGGUUGAAUCAGACGUUGGACGCGAGGGGUGAGGGGGCCCCCGAUGACGCCAGUAUCCAGCCGAUGGCACGGAAGCGCAGCCCCUCCCCCAUCGCUGCCAGUACUAAGCGGGAAAACAGAGCGCAGAACGAGGAGGAGAAAGAAAACUGCACGGACAACGAAGACGGUCUCAUCGUUGUCGAUACAGAUAGCUCGGAUGCGAAGGGCGAACCCGCCGUUGCCGUGGCGGAGCAGAACGACGGCGCGCCGGUAGUGCUGAAGCGUUUCGGCUACAAGCAGGCAUUUCAGACGCCCGUGGCGCGCACCAUGCUCAUCUUUUACAUGCUGCUCAGUGCAGCGGAUAUGGCGGUGCAGGAGAUCGUUCCUUUGUGGGCCAUUGCCCCUGCGUCGGUGGGUGGCCUGGGCUUUAAGGCUGAUAAGGUUGGCUACCUUAUUCUCACCAACAGCGUCCCAGUUGUGGCAUCCAACCUGCUCUUCCACGGCGCAUGCAAGCGCUACGUCAACAAGUUGUCGCUGUACCGUAUCUCCCUUGCGUGCUGUGGCAUCUUCAUCUGCAUUCUGCCCUUUCUUUCGUACUUCAAUCUCGGUAACUUCCUCUUUAUCACCAUCGUGCUGUGCACCGGCGUGCGGCAGUUCUUCGCAUCGUGGGCUUACGGUCUGGUAGCCAUGCUGACGGCGCGCUCGGCUCCGGUCGGGCACGUCGGGUCGAUCAUGGGUAUCAACCAGGCGUGCGGUGCGUUAACGCGCACUCUUGUGCCGUUUGUGGUGACGCCGCUUUUUGCCUGGUCCAUCACGUCAAGUCACCCUUUCCCUUUUGAUCACUCGUUUGUUUUCCUGCUCUCCGGCAUCGUCUUCACGAUUGGCUACAUCUACUCCGUGUGGCUGCGCACGGAUGCGGAUGCAAAUCUGGAGUUGAAUCAUGAAAGGCCGGCCUGGAUGUUGAAAGUGAGGGACAUGGCAUUGAGCUGUUACGCGAAGAUGUGUCACACCUCCCGCGGCGACGCCGAGACUUUACCAUCGCAAUGA